AUAGGACGUCCUUUCUUAUCAUUACCUCCUACAAAAGCUUUGUUUUGGGAAAGUUCAUUUUGUAUUUCUGCCUCUGAGACAUAUCCAUCAGCAUAGAAGCACUGAAGCACCGCUAAAGCAUGACAUGUCUGGAAACAUAUCAAGCGUGCGGGUAAAAAUCUAGCUCAUAACGUUACUCGUUGGGAUGCUAGAGGUUUGAUUCCAUUACGUUAAUCAAUGGCUUCUCUGGCGUGGGCCUCUUGGCAUUGCAGGAAUAUGUCUGUUUUUGAGCAGACAUCAUUCAAUGCGGUGGAGGUUGCGAAGGGGUGGGUUAAGUUGGUUCAGGAAAGCAAUGUGUAUGCUGCUAAGGUUUUUAACAGGGCUGUCCCUCUGGCUAGCAGGUCUGGAAACUCGUGGCAUUGUCCGGAUGCAGGGGUGGUGAAGAUUAACUGUGACGCUCACCUUGGUGCUGAAUCUGGCUUGGGUGUGGUGUUCAGAAUUGAGCAGGGGUCCCUGCUAGCUGCUGCUGUUCGCAAAGAAGGGGGAGGCUGGGAUGUUGAGGUUGCUGAAGUUGCUGCGUGUCGCUUUGGUUUGCUACUGGCGAGAAGAUUGGGCUAUUCACAGGUGCAGCUCGAGUGUGAUGCUGAGAGGGUGGUUCGGGCAAUCAAUUCUAAGGCUGUAGGAUUUUCUCCAAUUUAUUUGCUUUAUGAAGAUAUCAAUUAGUCUAUUUAGUGUGUCCCAUAUCAAGCGUGCGGGUAAUAAUAAUCUAGCUCAUAACGUUGCUCGUUGGGAUGCUAGAGGUUGUAAUGAAUUUGUAUCUUUUGGUCCGUUUUCCCCCAAAGUUUAACGACUCUGACGGAAAUUGAUUUGCUUUAAUGAAAUUCACAGCUUGAUUUCAAAAAAAAAAAAAAAAUUUACAUUUUAUAAGAAAAAGAUUGAUUAACUUAUAUAUGUUUUGAUCCAACUUAUGCUCAUACGAAUAUAAAAGUUUCAUUUAAUUUUCUAUGUGUAAGGGAAAUAUUUCUACAUUGAAGGAUGUAUCCGCUGCAAUAAUGUAAUUUCCAUAAAAAAAAAGCUACAAUAACAUUUUUAUUUCUUGUGCU